ACAAGUCGUCGCCUUCUCGCUCCCCGGUGCCGGCCCCUCCGGACGGAGGCCGGAGGAGCGCGAAAAAACGAAGCGGACCUCAGUCAGUAGCGAAAGAUCGAGCGGACCGCGUGGAGACUCGACCUGCCUCUGCUGCCGGCUUUCUCUGGAGAGCGCGCGGCGCGCUUGCUGGCUCGCUCGGCUUGGGCCAGGCCAAAACCGACAUGCUGCGGCUUCCACUGCCGGUAUGACUGCCUGUCACGCCGCUCUCUCGGCCCUGUUGCUGCUCGUGGCGGCGGUCGCCUGCGGCCGGUCGUCGUCCUCGGCCACGCCGGCAGACAACAACGAGGACGCGCCUCAGGUGCGUUCGUGCGAGGAAGUGCAGAUGCGGUGUGCACAGCGCAAGGGCUGCGGCUCGGCGUUGCACGCCUACCUGUACCAGUGCAACGAGGUGAUCCAGGCGGGCGCCUCGCAGUGUCCCGUGCCCUGUCAACGCGCACUGGCCGCGCUCACGUCGACGGACGAAGGCCGCGGCCUUUCCGACUGCGAGUGCGGCGAGAACGCCGUGUGCCGCAAGAGCAAGCUCCGUGUCGAGGUGUGCCGCGAGGCCGUGGAGAAACUGACCGCUCCGGGGGCGCGCAUCCCGUGCAGCGUGGCCUUCUGGAUGUGCGAGGCCGAGCCCCAGUGCGGUACGGCGCUCGCCUACUACUACCGCUACUGCCGCGGCGCGUUCCACGGCAAGCGGUGCACGCCGAGAUGCAACAACAGUCUGGCCAUCCUCAACCGCCAGCCGCGAUCGGACACGCUGCGCUCGUGCUAUUGUGACGGCUCCGAGGAGUUUCCCUGCCAGAAGAUCCGCGACAGGACAGACCAGUUGUGUUACGGCAGGCAGGAACCAUCCACGACACCCAAGCCCGCUUCUGCGGGAACCGCUGUGCUUCCGGCCGGGUGGCCACAGCUGACACUCGCAGUCACGCUGCUUCUCGUCGCUGUCGCUACGCGGUGCAGCCCGUGCAGUGUCUCUGACGUGACGUGACCGGCCGUGGAGAGAACCGCGUGGAAAGUAGCCGGAAGAAGUGGUGACGCUCGGACACAGACGUCGCGUGGUUCCCUCACGCGCGAACACGGUCUGCACGCAACAGCGGAUCCCUUCAGCAGGGAGCUGAAACUUUGCCAAGACAAACUGCACCGCGCAGCUGGAGGAAGGAAGCAGCGCCUUCUGGACAUUCUCCAUGCGUUUCUACCGCCGGAGUGCGCCAUGCUUGGACCUGUGUUUGGGGGGUGGGAAAACGCGAGUGCGUGUGUGGUCCACCGCGUGUGGGUGGGACGACGGCGUUAACAGCGCCGCGCGAGCUGUCGUCCGAAGGUGGAAUGCCGCGACGGGGCGGCCGUGUGCACACCGCUUACAGAAUUCCCCGGUGAGAUCGAAAAAAUGGAAUUCCUAAGGCAAACUAUCCAGAAACACUGCUCGAAAGAAAUCGCGCGUCGACCGCGCCAUCUGUAAGACAAUAUAAGUAUACAUGUAGGAAAAUUUUGUGGCGGAUCAUGCGCUGCAUAGACGGCUGACUCAGGGGCCAGUGCUCCCUUAGUUAGUGGAUCAGUGCUCGAAGUUGCGAGACAGUCAAUACCCUGGCUUAUUUCGAAAACGUGCUUCUUGAGGAAUCGGUCUCUCUGGCGCCGUAUAUGUGGUGUAUACAUCCGUGGACAAAGCCAUACACGGUGCGUGCUUCGCAGUCGCGGCUGUGAUUGAGCUCGCUCAAAUUGGGACGUGGCGGCACGCGCUCAUGUGCAUGUACGCGCAACAGAAGCGCGUGGAGACAGACGAAAACGUCCAGUUUUCGUUAUGUUACCGUAUCUGCGCAGUUUUAACGCAGCCGUACGUUCCGUUUGGUUUUGUGCGGGGUUGUAUAUACAACCUUCUCCCAUUUGUCAUUUCAAUCUAGCUUAAUUUAUCACGUUUAUUAUUUUUUUAACCUAACACAUCCAACGCUCCUGCUGCGUUCCUUCUCAACAUAUAAAGGACGAAACAGGGAGUCAGUUUAGAUAACGGUAGGCUAUGUAGACGUAAACUGAGUGUACAUCGAAAGUAGCUUAGGCCUCGUUUGUAAGCGAGCCAACAAGAAUUAAAUUUAUCUGAGUCAAAGUGAGGCACACAUUAUAUCGACGUUGUGAAUUUAUUGUCUUAGAAUAUAUAUUAGAACUUCGCUCAGGGAAGCAACCUUCAGCUUGCGCAACAAUGGCGGCAUUGCCGUAUAUUUGUGUAAAUAAUAAAGGUAUCUUCAUAGUAUAGCUGGUAUAGUCAUCAAGAUAGACACCAUAUCUCUGUGGCAAAGCAACAGAAGCAGACAUACGGGCAGACUCUUUCAUACGGGCAGACUCUUUACGAGCGCGCGAGAAAUGUACUGCACAAAUCGGGACGCGUAUAUGGAUGUAUAUAAACUGACACCAUGUAUGUCAGUAAAGUUAGAGGUAUCUUCGCUGCGAAGCGAAAUUGUUGGGAUGUCAAGUGUUCAAAUAAAUAAAGAUAGCGGACUCUUGCGAGUCCUGACCUUGUCUUUUUUUUUUAA